UGGUUGAGUUUUAGCCCAUCAAAAGCUUUCUAUUUCGGUUUAUUACUAACUCCUUACAAGUAUUUAGUAUCAUCUGUAUUUUCGAAUUACGCGUCCUAACAACCCCUACGCUCGACAGCCGUGACUCGUGGGCAAACACGCCAUUUUGUGUUUUAUUAAAGAGUACGCGGACCGGGACUCGGGAGUUAUAUUUGUGCCACUCUUCAAAUUAAUAUUUUGCGUUAUUUCUGAUUUUGGACUAUUUUAUUUCUUCAGUUAUCCGUGGAAAGAAUAAGGGAUGGAUGACAGCAGAGAAAAAGAACGGGACAGGUCGAGGCGCGGUGACAGACCCUCUAGAUUCUCCGAUGCAAUUCGGGAUAGAUCCGGAGACCGGAAUCAUCAUUCUGAAGGAAAAAGAUUAUUUGUUUCUAAUAUUCCCUACGAAUUCCGAUGGACAGAAUUAAAAGAUUUGUUCAAAGACAAGGUUGGUGAUGUUGCUUAUGUGGAAUUAUACCAUGAUGACAACGGAAAGCCAAAAGGUUGUGGUGUUGUUGAAUUUACUACUACAGAAGCCAUGAAAAAAGCAUUAUUUAUAAUGCAUAGAUAUGAAUUAAAUGGGAGGAAACUUGUUUUAAAAGAAGAAACUGGGAAUGAACGAAGCCGCUCUAAUAAUACUAGAUCAGGUGGUAGCAGUGGUGGAGGUGGUAGGAAUAAUCGGGAGGAUAAAGAAGGAUGGAACAUGAAUAAACCACGCCAACCCGAAAAUUUCAACACAUAUGGGUUAAGUCUUCAAUUCUUGGAGUCUAUUAAUGUCCAGCCUCCACUGAUGAAAAAAGUUUUUGUAGCAAAUCUUGACUACAAAGCAGAUAGACCAAAAAUCAAGGAGAUUUUCAAAAUGGCUGGAAAAGUUCGCAAUAUUGACUUGGCAGUAGAUAAAGAUGGCAAUAGCAGGGGCUUUGCUGUCAUUGAAUAUGAUCAUCCUGUUGAAGCUGUUCAGGCUAUAUCAAUGUUUGACAAGCAAAUGUUGUAUGAUCGAAGAAUGACAGUCCGUAUGGACAGGGGUUCUGAUAAAGUAGAAGUGAGGCUGCCUGAAGGUUUGAAGAAUAUAGGCCUGGGUCUUGGCCCUAAUGGUGAACCUUUAAGGGAUGUUGCAAGGAAUUUACCACAGCCACCACCAACAAAUAAUUUAUCAAAUCUAACAAGUGCAGGCACAAGUUUAGGGGCAAGUGUGUUGGGUGGAGUUCCAGCUGCCACUGUUGCCUUGAAUGGUUUGGGACAGAGCCUCACUGCAAAUACUUUGGGAAAUAACUCGGGUCUUGGAGGCGGAUUGAGCUUACAGGCUCUCGGCUUAACAGGUCUUGGAGCACUACAAAACCAGUUACUGCAGCAAGGUAUUACAGCAAAUGACCUUGUUAGCUCAGUGUUAACGCAAGCACAAGCGAAUGUUGGCUCAAACAAUAUGGGAAUGGGUGGACCAGAUCUCUCGGCAAAUGUCAUGGCCAACAAUCCAAUGUCAAAUAAUGUGCUUGGUCCAAAUAAUAACCUAGGCAGCGGUCCUCUUUCAGGCAACAAUAGGCAGAUGCAACACAGUAAUGUUUCAAGUGGCCAGGCUUAUGGUAGAGAGAAUCCGAUACAAACAUCUUCUCGAGACAAGCAGUCUGACAUGGUCAUAAUCAGCAAUCUUCCACCAACAGUAACUUGGCAGUUAAUUCGUGAGAAAUUCAGUGAAUGUGGAGAAGUGAAGUUCGCGGAAAUGACGUCAUCAGAUACAGCGAUUGUACGAUUCCAUCAAGAGUGGGAUGCCGAGAGAGCAGUCAAAAUGUUUGACAGAACCCGAAUUGAUGGAAGGACUAUUGACGUGAGGUUCUUUUAAGAGCUGAAUAAAAAGGGAUGUCAUAUCGAAGUUGGUCUAUCGGAAAACAUCUUUCGUCGUCUUUGUCUGCUUGCCGCAGCUGAAGUUUUGACCUUUGGUUCAAUUGAUUGAUUCUUGAUUUAAUUGUAUUUAAGUUUAGAGUAAGACUAGACCUUGUUUGUUUUUUAUUUCAUUUAAAUUUUUGUAAAACAAAUUUUCUGCAAAGUGGUUAUAACAUCAUAUUUUUCAUAUUCCUUUGUCGAUUGUCGCUAACACUUAGGGGAGUUGACCUUCUCAGAUACUAAUUUUAUUGACAAUGUUUUAAGAAAAUGCUCAGGCGUACGGUAGUUUUAUACGGAUAGGUUGCACGGAUGGAAACGGCAAUGUCAUUCCGAAGUUUGACAUUUGGCGUUUGACAUGUGAGAAAUUGCGUUUUGGGUUGGUAAAUUGUCAGUGUCGAUUGAUUCUGGUCAUGUGGUCUAAUCAUUUGGUGAUCGGGACUGUGCCCAAAUCUGGAUAAAUUAGUAGCAAUGUUGUAAAAUUAUAAAGAUAAUUUCAUUAUAACGUCUAUUGAACUUAAAGCUUUGUUUAAUCUUGUCCUAGCGUUUCACAGCAACAAUCGAUUGACGUGGUAUUUCUAUAAGGAUAUCUGGUAGCAAAUUAUUUAGGAGAUGUGUAGAAGCGUAAUCGUUAACGUGAAAAACACGUCAUUUCUUUCACUAUUGAAAUAUGUAAUUUAAUGGUUUCAAUUUAAAUACAGUUUCCUACAAUUAAGACGUUUUUAUUGGUGCAUAGAUUCUUUAACAGACUUCCACCCGUUUUCCUGUCCGUGUAAAUUGCGAACGGCUCUCGCGCUUAUGAAUUAAUCAAUUUUAAUAAUUCUAGAAUAAAAUAUGAUAUUGCUGUCAAAUAUCUUUGAUAUGUAGUUAAUAAACGUAUGCUCUUAAA